UGGAGGAAGCUGAAUUACGGAGCAGUGUGCUUUAGUGCACUCGAUGAACGGCCCGGCAGGUUUUAUGUUCCCUCCGGUAACUUAGCAGCCAUAAAGUUGGUUCACCUGUACGGUUACGUCACCUGUGACAAGCAUACUAGUUCCAGCUGGUCUUACUGGGGCUGUGAUGUACCUUCCGUAAGAUACCACGUUGGUGUAGCCAUAACAACCAGCUGGAGCUAUAAAGCCAUCCUGCCGCUGAGUAGGUUUCUGACAGGCAAUAGCGCCAUGAAAUUAAGGAAGUGGUCCCGCAUUCCUGGUUAUACCGGUUUGUCUUCUACGCUUGUCCUCUCGUUUGAUCACCCUUACCACUCUUCAGGGGAAACGUUUCGUUUGUGGUAUGGUGAAGAUUUGGCGGAUUCCACCGAAUACGACAACGCAGGUCGAACCUGUUGCGAUGUUUACGGGAGGUUUGUUUAA